UUAAAGCUAGUUUGGAGGCCUAACUUAACAUUUCAGUUAUGAACAGUUACAAAUGCUUCCUGUUUAUACCCCUGUUAUCAAGUUCACUGAAACCAACUAUUUCUAUUACUUUAUUGAUUCAACACAGCCUUAAGUUUAAAUAGUUCCGUUGGUAUGGCCUGAUAAACCAACCUCAAACUCAGGUGUAAUCAUUUAGUCUUAUCUUACCCUACAAUUCAUAUGACAAAUUGGAUAGUUACUGUGGCUACUGGACUUUUAACCUUAUAUUAAACUUCAUUUUUAUAUUUGUUUGAUAGUAAUUGUGUUAGGUGUUAUGUGUUUACAGACAAUGGACCAAAACUAGAUGGGCUUCAUUUGUUGAGCUCAUUUAUUUAGACAACCAGCAUUGGGAGACACCAAAUCAUUGACGUUAAAUCUUCAGUAAAGAUAUCUCAAGCUGCUGUUUUUUAAAUCUCAUUCAGUAAAAUGGCAACUUUUUCACAAGCCACCAUUGACAAGGGAUCUGACAUUGUCCAAGACUUCUUGUGCUCGACCUGUGAAGAUAAGAAACUGGAUACCACGGCUGAUUUCUACUGUGAAUCAUGCGUGAAGUUUUACUGUGAAAUUUGUAUUAACAUGCACAGCCAGUUGUUUACAAAACAUGCCCCCUUUGGAAGGGGAUAUUUGAAGAAAUGGCCGGUUGCCAAGAAGGUGGAAGAUUUUCUUCUGAAAUGUGAUGUCCAUACGAAAGAAAACCUGACAAUGUUUUGUGAUGAACACAACAGUGCAAAAGGAUAACUCUUAUAUCCGACAAAGUAAAAAGUCAGUCCACACACCUUCAAAAACUGACAGUUUCUAUCAAAAAAAUUCUGAAGAAAAUGAAGAAACUUCAAGAAAACAAAGAGGCUUGCAUUGAUUUUGUGCAAAGUUCAUAUGAUGAGCAGUUAUACACGAUACAGGAAACUCGCAGAAAAAUAAAUGCAACCUUAGACACGAUUGAACAGAAAACACUGACGGAAAUGAAAGAUACUUUGACCAAACUUCAAGCCUCUUCCAAAAGUGAUGUUGACAAAUGCAUCAGGCUUUGGGAAGAAUUGAAACAACUUCGAGAGGCCAUACAGGACUUAAAUGAUAAAAGCAGGCUGGGACUAUCCUUUAUAGCUAACAAAAAAGGCGAGGCCAAAAUAAAACAGUCUGAAACUUUUCUGAAGAAAAGCUCUCUUCAGGUUAAAGUUUUGAUAAGAUUCCAGCCUAACAGUGACAUUGUGCAGUACUUGUCCAAACUGCCAGGUCUUGGGAGAAUAGACAGUACACAAACAUUGAUGGUACAAGAGCAUCCAAACAAUGUGUUAACUGUGCAGGGGAAGUCUGUACACAAUGUGAGAAUAUCAAGUGAUUCAGAUGAAUGCAAAAUCACAGCCAUCUGUGUUCUGCAGGAUGGACAGUUCCUGGUUGCAGAUAGCAACAAUAAGAAAGUCAAGCUGUUUGACAAGCAGUACCAGGUUGUGAGUCAUUGGAGUGCGAGUGCCUAUCCAAGAGAUAUGUGUCCUAUCACGCCCAGUGAGGUGGCUGUAAAUGUGGAUGGUACCAACACACAUGAGGUCCAGUUUAUCUCAGUGGACAACAUGCAGCUGGUGGCAGGAAGGACGCUUCAGUUACAACAUUCAUGUUGUGGUGUUACCUUUCACCAGGGAGACCUUUAUAUGUCUUGUUGGAAUGCAUUGUACAAGAACACGCUUAGUGAAAAUAUUGUCUGCAAGAUGUAUGAGGACACAUCAGGCAGCUAUACAGUUUAUAAGUGUGCUGUGAGUCCCACAGGGGACAAGUUAUACAUCACUAACUACUCCCAUAACAAGCUCCUAACCUUGGCCAGAGAUGGUUCAGUCCUGGCCACCUUUACUGACCAUGCGCUUAUAAACCCAAAUGGUGUACACAUGACACCUGCAGGCCAGGUGCUGGUAUGUGGAUACUGGUCCCACAAUAUGCUACAGAUGGACAAUCGGGGGAGAAGGAAGCUAGCCACUCUUGUGACACUUGAGGAUGGAGUGGAGUGUCCAAUGUCAGCCUGCUACAACAGACACACUGCCUCCAUCAUUGUUGGACUUGAUCAUAACAGCAGCAUACUAGUGUUUAAAGUGGAAUAGUGUUAUUGGACAUGCAUCUUGAUUUUUGAUUUAGAUGAAUUAAAUUUCCAUUGGAAAGUGUUGUUGUAGUCUUUUAGAAAAUUGUUUGUUCAUACUACAACAGAAUACGUGUUAUUGCAGUUUAUUUAUUUUGUAAAUACAAAAUGUCAUUAGUUAAAAAAAAAAUUAUGUGAACAUAAGAACUGCUCUAAAAUAUAUUUUAUUGUCACAUCUACGUCGAUUGUUUUUGUAUUUCUCUUUGAUGUAAGAGGUUGACAUGAAUUCCUUGUUAGAAUGAAAAAAGAAUUUGUUCAGAAAAUAACUUUUGUUAUUUGCACGACAUAACAAUAACACUGGAUCUAUGCAUAAGCUGUCAUUCCUUUAACAUAACCAAUUUGUUGAGGAGUACUUGGGUUUUUAUUGGUUUUUAAAUACGGUAAAAAGUGUCAUGCACUGAAAACAUGUUUUUUUGUAAUUUAAAAAAUAAAAGUUAUUUUGUCAGCAUUUCUGUUUUUAAGACCCAGUUUUCAUCUAAAUUAAUAUCGAGUGAAAUAUUGGGAAAUUGUCUGCCUGUAGACCUCAAUAAAUAAAUAAUGAUAGCAAGGACUGAUGAAAAUAAAAGCGAUGCAGCAUUGCGUUGUGCAGUUAUGAUGUAAACCCUAGUGGUUAGGGUGAAACGAAAGUAAUGUUAAGCAGCUACACCAGUUUGAUUAUUUACUUUCAAUAUCAAUACAUUUUGUUUGUAUCCCUUCAACUCACCAGCGCGUUUAUACCUGCAUGGUUUGUUCUCAUAUAUAACAAUUAGUAUUUAAUAGCAUGUUUAUGUAUAUAUUUAAGCAUAUUGUUGUAAGUUUACCUGCAUGGCUAACAUAUCAAGUUUGAAUGUUGUUUCGGUCCAUUGAUUUGAGGCCAUGUUAUGGGCCUUUGACUUAGUAAUUUCCAUUACAAUAAUCUCGUCCGGACUUUUGAGUUAACCUUUCGCCGAUAUUUACCAGAUUGUUGUGUUUGAGUCUACUUGACUUACAGAUCAAUUUUGAGUUUCGUUCCGGUUCAUAGAUUUUUCAUGAAGUAACGGGCCUUGGAAUUAGGAAUUUUCUUCAAAAUAAUACUUUUCCGGAUUUCUCUUUGAAGUUCUUUGAGAUAAUUACUUUAUUUUGGGUAUGUCAGUAUUUGACUAAAAACCUUUUUUUACUAACAUAUAUCAACAUAAAAACUAUAUACAUUUUUGUAAUUAUAUUUAAUGUUUUCAUUCUUGUUUAUAUGCGAUAUUUAAUUUGUUGAAUGUUGGUAUUUAAGAACUGUUUAUUAUAUUACUGAGACUAGUGUGUACAUUUUGUCAAUAAAUUUCUGCAUUCAA